AUGACUCCGAUCCUCUACGACAUGCCCGUGUCAAACAAUGGAGCGAGGUGCCGGAUCAUCGUAUACAAGAAAGGGCUUUCUCUUGACAGCGACAUCCUCAUCAAGCCGCCCUCAGACUUAGGAGGACUCAAGUCCGAGCAGUACCUCGCGCUGAAUCCCCAGGGAAAGAUGCCGCUGCUGGUAACGGAGCACGGCAACAUCCCUGAGAGCGACACGAUUGCGAGAUACCUCUUGGAUCGCUUCUCUGCAAAGAGCCCUUCCUUCCUGCCUUCUACCCUUGAGGCGAGGAUGAAGAGCGAUCUCCUGUGUCGCUUGCACGACAUGUACAUCACGACAAUCCAAGGGUGCAUGUACAAAGCCGAACCUCCCUUCGGAAGAUUCUCCAGCCGAGCGGCAGCGCUGGCAGAGCUGAGAGAGCAGAUUGGGUACCUCCAGGAGCACAUAGACGAGGAGGGGCCCUACCUGACGGGCAAGGAGCUGUCUCUUGCCGAUGCAACGAUCUUUCCAACUGUCAUCUUCAUCGAGCACAUGCUGCCCAAGUUCCUGGACGGAGAGACCUGGGAUGCUGAGGUCGUGCUGGGCAAGAAGCUGCUGCGGUGGUACCAUUGGAUCAAGGAGAUCAAGGAGGGCCUUGCAGUGUGGGAAGCGAACGAGAGGUGGAAGAGCAUCCUCCAUGCAGGCCUGAGAGAUCAAGAUGCUCCAACCAUCUUCGAUCGCAUCAUUCAACGACAGAUCCCUUCGGAGAUCGUCAUGGAAGAUGAACAUGUGUUGGUGUUCAAGGAUAUCCAUCCUCAAGCUCCUGUUCAUCUCUUGAUUAUCCCGAAGAGGAGAGAUGGGCUCACACAACUUCGAUAUGCCACAGCUGAUCAUCAGGAGCUACUUGGGAAGAUGUUCUUGACAGCUGCGAGGAUCGCGAAGGAGCAAAACCUGCGAGGCUAUCGGCUGGUGAUCAACGACGGCUCUGAAGCUCAACAGAGCGUGUUUCACCUUCACAUGCACCUCCUAGCAGGACGCCAGAUGCGUUGGCCUCCCGGUUGA